GGCUUACCACGACGUCUUAUAGCAGGACCUAAAUUGAACUGCACUGCUUUUUCGUACCAUGACAUCAAUUAUAAGCAGGCCUGCGGCAGGUCUGCUCAGUAAACCGUUCACCAUUUUUUUUGUAUAGAGUUUUCCUACCACAACGGCCACUUUUGACAGCAGGAAUUGUUUCUUGCUCGUCGCAAAUGUCAAAUAAAGCGAUUCUUAAAAAGUUACUUUCAGGUAGCUUCUUUGGACAUUUUGGCGUUGUUUUGUAAGAUAUUCACCAAAUGUUCCGUGUUUGUUUCCUAAGGAUUUGUAGGAUAAAGGGCAUUAAAAUACAUGCAAAGCUAUUGUUUAAUAAGAAUUUGAUUAAAUACCUAUGAAUUUUUCAAAAAAGUUAAAUCUACAGAAGAGUAAGUUGUGUAAACAUUAAUAACACCCCUAACAUUAUUGCAAAGAUGUGUGACGAAUAUGAACUGUUUGAGUUUUUGGAAAGUGAUUUCAACGAAUCCAGAAUGGCAAAUAAAAAGAAACGUUUAAGGAACAGAGAAAAUAAUGAUCCUUUUGACUUAGAUGAAAAUGCUUUCAUCAAGGAGUACCUACAGGUAUGUAAAUGUUCACAUAUCUCUAUUAUAAAGAAAGAUCUAUCUCUCUCUUCUCAACAACAUGAUAACAUAAUUACUCGUAUCUUACUUGUCUAGGUUAACCGCAGACUUGGUGCACAAACUUUGUCAAGGGCUGGAGCCAAUAAUGGCAAAAAGCUCUAAAAGAGCAACUGAUUUAAGCAUAGAAGCAAAGAUUUGUGAUGCGGAUCAACAAAUUUUAAGUGUUGAUGCGAGUCAUCCAGGGUCAUUUCAUGACUCAUUUAUAUGGAGCCACCAUCCUGUACGUUACCAUUUGGAAAAUUUAGGGUCUGAAGCAACAUGGCUUUUAGGUGACUCUGGGUACUCACAACGAAGAACGAUGAUGACACCUAUUUUGGAUGCAGAACCGUCUGGUUAUAUGUGCUUCCGGUGUGUCUACACCGGAAGCAUAUUAUACACAAAAGCAUGUAAAGGCUAGGAAUGUGAUAG